AGGUCAGAGGUCAGGUCACUCUUAGUCAGGAAAACACACUUUGUUAUUAUUUUAUCUCUUUCUUUCUAUAUUUCUUUCUUUAUUCAUUUAUUUUUCUUCCUUUAUCUGUUUCUACCAAAAAAUACCCUAAACUUUGGAGUCAGGGGGAGAUAAAGAGAGAGGGAUACAAACAUAUCACGAGAGAUUACUUUUGGUGUUUGGGAUUUCUUUUUUACAUGAGGUUUUAAAAAAUAAAACGUGACAGAUAAAGAUUGGAAUGCUGCGGGGCAUUGUGAUUCUUGGAAUCAGAGGAAUAACUGGAAAAGACAAUCAAUCAUUCAGCAAAAAAAAAAAAAAGAUUGAGAGGGAUGAGAGGGUGAGGAGUCUGAAAAGAGUUAAGAGAGCAAGAGAGAGAAAAAGCCACGGUUUGAGUCUGGACCCACAUACAGGAUCUCUGUGGCUGGAGUCUCCUCUCUGCAGUUCCAGUGUCUCCAGAGGAGGGCGCUAUACACUCACAGUUUGAUGGAGAAAUCAAACUUCUGACACACACACACACACACCACCAGCACCAUCAUUUGUGCACACACCCCACAUGCUGCAAAUCAGUAUGAAGGGUCUAAGACACACACACAAUUGACAUCACCACCCUCAUGGCCUUAGAUAAUGAUGGUCUUGUUUACAUCCAGUGUUGGUGUGUGUUUGAGUGUGUGUGAGUGUGAGUGUGUGUCUUCUUGACCCUGUCCCUCUGUCUCAGUGUUGUCAGCUGUUGACUCACACGUCUGGUCUGACUGUAAGUGAAGGCAGGAACAGUAGCAUUCCUGCGACGGUGUUGUGAUCAUCUCUCCUCUACAACAUUCCCUCACUUCAGCCAGCCUCAGACAAGACUGGGCCUGUUACAGAACCAGCUACAGAGACUCCCCCCUCCGUCCUCCCCCCGUCCCCCUCCACGGCUGAGAGUGGAUCCCCUGACUGGCUGUGUCUCAAAGGAGAAGUGUUCAGGAGAGACAGCGGGGUCUUGGUGCGCAGCUGUUGAUCACCGUUGGGAUCUGAGUGUCCGCUAGCCAGUCCAGACGUCAGCUAGCUAGAGUGUGUUUAGGGAGGCCAGACGGCGGUGUUGGGGUCUGUUUGGGAAGGUCGUAGCCGUCGUGCUUGUUGGAGAGAGGUGGGAUGGCUGGGAAGGGGCGGGGCCAGGACAGGAAGUGGUACCACUACAGACUGCCGGGUCGGAGCCGCCUGCGCAGACGAGCCAGUCGCACCAGUCGCAGAACCAGAACCAGCAAGGAUGUUCCUGCUGAGAGACAGAGACGCAGACAGAGCAUGCCCAGCAGCCCCUCCCUGGACACGCCCGCCACACCCUGUAAAAUCACGGCUUUCCUGACGCGGCGGCUGAAGUCCUCGAUCAAGCAGACUAAGAGCCAGCCCAAGCUGGACCGACACAGCAGCCUGCGGAGCAUCCUGCCUGCCUUCAGAACCGCCGCCGACCAUGACAGGUCUCAUCUGAUGCCGAGGCUGAGAGAGUCUCGCUCCCACGAGUCGUUGCUGAGCCCUGGUGCUGCUGUCAGGGCCCUGGACCUCAGCAUGGACCAGCAGGUCCUCAUCAAGCCUGUCCACUCCAGCAUCCUGGGCCAGGACUACUGCUUCGAGGUGACCACGUCCACAGGUACCAAGUGCUUCUCAUGUCGCUCGGCUGCAGAGAGAGACAAAUGGAUGGAGAAUUUGAGGAGGGCGGUCCACCCCAACAAGGACAACAGCAGGCGUGUGGAGAACCUGCUGACCGUGUGGGUUGUGGAAGCCAAAGACCUCCCCGCCAAGAAACGCUACUUCUGCGAGUUGUGCCUGGACGACACGCUGUUCGCCCGCACCACCUGCAAGCUCCGCGCCGACAACAUCUUCUGGGGCGAGCACUUCCACUUCAGCAGCCUGCCCGACGUGCACAGCCUCACCGUGCACGUGUACAAGGAGACCGACCGCAAGAAGAAGAAAGACAAAAACAGCUACGUGGGAUUGGUCAACAUCCCCGUCGCCGCGGUGACCGGCCGGCAGGUGGUGGAGAAGUGGUACUCGGUUUCCACGCCCAACCCCAACAAAGGCAAGACCCCGGUUCCCAUGGUGAGGAUCAAGGCACGCUACCAGAGCCUGAACAUCCUGCCCAUGGAACAGUACAAGGAGUUUGCAGAGUUCAUCUCCAACCACUACCUGCUGCUCUGCUCCUUGCUGGAGCCCAGCAUCAGCGUCCGCAACAAGGAGGAGGUGGCCAGCGCCCUGGUGCACAUCCUGCAGAGCACGGGCAAGGCCAAGGACUUCCUGACCGAUCUGAUGAUGUCAGAGGUGGAUCGCUGCGGCGACAACGACCAUCUGAUCUUCAGAGAAAACACCCUGGCCACCAAGGCCAUAGAGGAGUAUCUCAAACUGGUGGGCCAGAAGUACCUGCAAGACGCUCUGGGUGAGUUCAUCAAGGCUCUGUACGAGUCAGAUGAGAACUGCGAGGUGGAUCCUGGGAAGUGUUCGUCCAAUGACCUGCCAGAACACCAGAGCAACCUGAAGAUGUGCUGUGAGCUGGCCUUCUGCAAGAUCAUCGACUCCUACCGGGUGUUCCCCAGGGAGCUGAAGGAGGUGUUUGCGUCGUGGCGUCAGGAGUGCAGCAGUCGAGGUCGGCCCGACAUCAGCGAGCGUCUGAUCAGCGCCUCUCUCUUCUUGAGGUUCCUCUGCCCAGCCGUCAUGUCCCCGUCCCUCUUCAACCUCACGCAGGAGUACCCCGACGACCGAACGGCGCGCACCCUCACCCUCAUCGCCAAGGUUACCCAGAACCUGGCCAACUUCACCAAGUUUGGCAACAAGGAGGAGUACAUGUCCUUUAUGAACCAGUUCCUGGAGCACGAGUGGACCAACAUGCAGCGCUUCCUGCUGGAGAUCUCCAACCCGGAGACCAUCUCCAACACAGCAGGGUUCGAGGGCUACAUCGACCUGGGCAGGGAGCUCUCCACCCUCCACGCCCUGCUCUCAGAGGCCCUCAGCCAGCUGGACCAGUCAACCGUGUCAAAGAUGGCUCCCCUGACCCGGAUCCUACGGGAGGUUACGUCCGCACUGACCAAUCCAGGGGCUGGAGGGGGUCAGGUCUCCUCCCCGAGGUCAAGCUUGGCCACACCCCCUCUGUCCCCACCUCUCUCCGCUGCCUCCAUCUCCACUGGCCUCCACAGCAUGGGUCUGGAUGGACCAAUCCCAGGGAUGGUGGACUUCACCAGGCUUCCGUCUCCGACCCCAGAGAACAAGGACCUGUUCUUCGUGACUAAGAGCUCCGGUCUGCUGACGUCCGGCCUCCAGCAGUCUCCCGCCCGCAGCUCCAGCUACUCCGAGGCCACCGAGGCCGACGCCCUGGCCAAUGGGAGUAGAGGUGUUUCCAUGACGCUAGCCAAUGGCAGUAAGAGCCUGUCCCUGGUGGACCUACAGGACCGCAGCCUAGACAGUCCGGCAGGCCCUGCCCUCUCGCCGACUGACGGCAACGACAGCCAAUCACCUGUCGGCUGGACCACCCGUGCCCCCCAGGUGGCUCCCACCCUCAGGAGGACAGGCCACACCCCCAGCACCGACUCCGCCUCCGGCCGUUCCCACCUCCUCCCCCUCUCCUUUCAGAAUCCUGUCUACCAGAUGGUCUCCAUGACGACCGUGUCGCCGCGGCAGCAAGACUCCCCCGUCCUGACCACGCCCCCUCGUGACUCCGGCUCCGACGGACACAGCUCCACCAGUUCCCACGGCAACGCGGAUGAGGUUGGCGGGGGAGGAAAACACGCCUUCCUGACUCAGAUGCCUCUCGGCGUGGGGGGAGGGGGAGGCAGCGAGGAGUUCGCCCGACGUUCCGGAGAGUUCUCUCGUCGGCAGCUCUCGCUAACAGAGACUCCGCCCCCAAGCGUCAUCGUCCCUCGCCAGAACAGCGCCGGGCCUCAGCGGAGAAUCGACCAGCCCCCUCCCCCGGCCACGCCCCCGGCCCCACCCACCAUCAGCAGAGGCCGCACCCCUCCCAGCAUGCUGGGCGGAGCCUAUCCUGGGCAGAGGCCCGCCUCCGGCAGCAUGAUGUCAUCAUCUCCUGAUUGGCCCAGCGGGGGAACGCGGCUCCGACAGCAAUCGUCCUCCUCAAAAGGAGACAGUCCUGAGAGCAAGCAGCGCACCCUCAUCAAGGCGCCCUCCCCAGUCAACCCCAAUGCUCUGGACCGCACGGCUGCCUGGCUGCUGAACAUGAACGUCCAGUACGUGGAGCAGGAGGGUGGGGGGAGGGAGGGGGCCGAGAGCGACGGCAGGCACAGAGACGAUAUCACGCAGACCGAGAAGUACCAGCAGGAGAUCCUGGUUCUCCAGGAGCGUCUCCGGGGAACGUCCCAGCGCCUGGAGGAGUACGAGACCCGCCUGGCGGUGCAGGACGAGCAGAACCAGCGCAUGCUGCAGGAGUACCAGGCCCGGCUGGAGGACACGGAGGAACGCCUGCGCCGCACGCAGGACGACAAGGACCUGCAGAUGAAGAGCAUCAUCAGCAGGUUGAUGUCAGUGGAGGAGGAGCUGAAGAAGGACCACUCAGACAUGCAGUCUGUGGUCGACUCCAAACAGAAGAUCAUCGAGGCUCAGGAGAAGCGGAUAGCGUCGCUGGACGCCGCCAACUCUCGUCUGAUGGGCGCCCUGAGCCAGUUGAAGGAGCGCUACAGCGCGCAGAGCAGGAACGGCCUCUCCCCCACCAACCCCAGCAAGCUGCAGAUCACCGAGAAUGGAGAGUUCAGGAACAGCAGCAACUGCUAGGCUGGAGGAGGGGCAGGGCAAGGGGCGGGGCGGGGGGAGGGGAGUCGAGGGACGGGCGGGGCCUUCCGAGGUCGGAGGGGCGUGGCCUAGGGUGGGAAGGAUCAAAAGGGGGACAAAGGUUGGCCCUGCAAAGCCUGAUUGGACACGAUUGUGGAAGGAGGAAGGGAGGAGCCGGUACUGCUCACCUGAGAGACAGAUCUCCAUGUGAUCAGGUGAGGACCAGUAACAGUGUUGUGUGGCCUUCUGGACCCUGUCUGCAGUCUGACCCCAGGCCCUGGACAAACGGGGGGGGCAGGACCUUGCUGGAGCACUGGGGACAUGCAUCACUUGUAGAACUGUGAAUGAGCCCUGGCUGGAGGCUCUGACGCCCCCCCACCCAACCCACCUGGAGUUACCUCACCUCACCCCCCCCCCCACCCAACCCACCUGGAGUUACCUCACCUCAC